UGGUACAGACAAUACAGCAAAAAUGAUGGUCAUUUCAAACUAAGAGUUAGAACUGUUCUUACUGCUAUACACAGUCUUGUAGUCAGUGAUUAAUUUUUGUGGGCAGUAGCUUGAAUCUUGUUGCUUUCAUUUGUUCUUAUCAACUCUCUGCUCUGACCUCCAUAAAAUUAGCCAGCGAUGGUUUGUGGCAGGGAUGCUGAGAUGGUAGAGCUGUACUUACCACACUGUUUUCUUAGAAAUAAUUCUAGCAUCUUAGCUGUGGGAUCACUAAAAUGAUAUCGUGCAGUGUUUCUCUCUCCCUUGCCAUCACAGGCAACUGCAGUGACUUCUAAAGGUGCUACCUGUGCUGGGGCAGAGCAGUGUAUCACAGCACUGCAAGGGUAGGAAACGCUGCUGCAAAACCUGUGAGGGAAGUUGGGAUGUGUGCAGCGUGGCUACAGUGUCAGCACAUGGGAAGUAGCUUGUUCAUGGCUUGGGGAAUGUAGUAAUCAUAUUUGAUACUGAACAAAGCAUUUAAUGGCCUAGAUAAAAAGCAUUCUGGUCAUUUAAUUGGAAGUGCCUUGCUGUUUUACACAGACCUACUGCCCUAUUUUUAUGAGAUUUAAAAUCGUGCAGAAAAAUUGUUUCCAUGGAAGCAGAGAUCACGGAAGAAAUAAUGCUCCACGUUUCCUACAGGAUUCCUUUUACAGCCUGCUGUUCUCAACAAUUAACUCUUAUAGUGCUGUUAGUUUAGCGUGGAUUAAAGGAGAUGACAAAGAAAAUAAUACCUUGAUGGACUAUGUGUAUAUACUUUGUGUUUUUGUUGUUUUUUCUUUCCUGCCUUUGAAAGAAAUCUCUGCAUGUUUACAGAGGGAAAAUCUACAGUGGGAAGAGAAGGUUAAUGGAGGAGCACACACCAUUUUGACAAAUUAUGGAACUCAGUCAGGGAAACUUGGUAUUAUUCCUACUUUCCCCUUUUCUUGCUUCAGUUCUACCUUCUUGGUGACUAAAAUUGCUGCUGUGUACUUCGAGCCAGCUUUGAAGGAAGCAGCUAUUAAUGCAGUUUUUAAUUAAGGUAACAGUAGUGAGAAUCAUCACCAGCAUCGAAGUCAGACCAUCUGUUUUAAUUGCCUAUCAUUUUUCUUCCAUACAUUACUUCUGGAAAACCACUUCAUUUUUCUCUGUUUUCACUGUGUCUGGAAGAAAGAAGAAACUACCAAAUGAUGAUGGGAGGCCGAGACUAAGGCUGAGCAUUGUAUGAGGAAAGUACUGUUACUUAAAAUCUUCACUCACUAAAGUGCUUUCAAAGCACUAAGGGUGGCUCAGCUCUCAUCCAUACUGAAAUUGCUGUAGUUUGUUUUGAAUCUGGCUGUGAGCUGUAACAUUUUAUAGCUGGUGAGGGUCUGUCCUCAGUGAGACAGCUCAGAGAACAAAACAAAGCCUGCUCUGAAGCUCGUAACGUCACAUAAAGACACAAUGUGAGGAUGUAGUUGAUGGUUAAACAGAUUUUGACUUGGAAGGAUGGAUAUGGAUUUUAUUGUAUAACUAAAAUAGGCAAAUGAAUUACUUGGAGACAUGAGUUAGGAAGUGGUACACUAUUGUAAAAAAACAACCAAACAAACAAAACCUUCAAGGUGGGGAAUUACUAAGUGAUUUCAUACAAGACGUAUCAGUAGCUCACAAUGACUUCCUGCUACUCUUCAAUACUGUCAUUUUUACCCUAGAGGAGGGGAGGUGAAGAGAUGCAGUAAUGAGCUGUAGGUCUGAAAAGGAGCCAGGAGUGAUUUGAAAAACUUGCCUCAUCUUUGCUCCCCUAAGUAGAGUGAAUUUCUUCGGCUGAUUUGGAAACAGGAGGUAGGUCUGUCUGCCAUUAUGGAAUGACAGGGAGUGUUUACAUCUGCACCUUUAAUUUUAAACCUAUACCAUAUUAUUAAUGCUCAUUAGUAGCCACUGUAACUUCUCACUGUUCACAGACACACAAGUCGUCAUUACAGGUAGCCCUGCUCACAGUGACUGAAAGCAGGUCAGGCCCUCAGGAAAACAACAGAGCAGGUUAAAGGGAUUGUCUGCGAGGCAGAGCAGAAGUUGUACAGAUGGGAGAAUGGGGCUGUUUGUUACUGCUUACAAAAUAAUGAUGUAUAAAGGGUCUGACAGCAUUUGACAAACAGAUAGAUGACUUAAUGCUAACUGGAAAAUGUGGUUCAUGCUUUGUAAAUCAUCGUUAAGACACUUGGGAGCCACUGGAGUGUACAGCGAUAGGCAUUACUCAAAGUUCAGACUGAAAAACUGCUUCAGAAACUGCUAACAACUUUGUAAGGGGAAUGAAAGCUUGAAAAUUAGCAUUCCUAAUACUGCUUUGGGAUGAGUAGGAAAAGAGAGAAGCUUUCUGUUGUGGAAGCUGAGAUUGCUCUCCUGCGCUAAGUAAGAGUUCAGCAAACUGAUGAACUGCCUUUCUACCUGUCACCUGAAUCGGCAGCUACUUCAGGGUUCUGUUGGUGCAUACAUAUAAUAAAGCCUCUUGGAGUUCUCUAAGGAUGUGAAAGUGGCAUCUUGACAGUGCAAUGAUACAGAAGUUAUGUGAUGUAAGAGGUAGGAAAAGUUACUACGAACAUAGAGGAGUAGGGUUGCCUCAGAUAAGGAGUGGGACUUUCUCCAUAAGAAAUGGGAGAAGUUCCUUACAGAUGCAUUUGUCUGCGUACUCUACUAUGUAAAAAUCCUGAAAAAGGAAAAAGAUGAGGUAAAGCUUCAUGCUCUAAUCUGUAAGGGAAGCUCAACAUAGCAGCUGUGGAAUCAGUGCUGCCCACUUAGAAGUAAUAGAUGAAAGUGCAGCUCCUCUGGCAUCUGGGCAUGAGGCCAGUUGUUUUAGAAGAACUCGUUUGUCAGGUCUGAUACGAACUUUGAAUUAAAGGAGUAGCAUAACAGCAUGUAGAAACAAGCAGAGUCCCCUAGGAGAUAUAAGCUCCAGACAGUGCUUGAUGCCACUUCCGACUGUACCCACGCAUUGUACCUGCACUAUGGAGCCUCUGCUUGGAGUUACGCUGGGUUUGAUUCUGAUGGUAACUUCAUCAGCACGGAGCUGUACCUGUGUGACCAAUAAGUGGACAGAAUGUGACCACGAUGCAUCUGGCAACUGCACCUGUAAGCUGGUGGGUUCAGAUCAUACAGUAGAUUGUUCAACGCUGACUCCAAAAUGCUUACUGAUGAAGGCAGAAGUGACUGCCAUGAAGCUCUCCUACAGACCUCGUGUUAAGCUGCAGGAUGGUGGCAUUUACAAUCCAGACUGCGAGGACAGUGGUAUCUUCAAAGCCAGACAGUGUGAUGAAGCUGGUACCUGCUGGUGUGUGAACACAGCCGGAAUAAGAAGAACUGGAAAAGGUGAUAAAGAAUUGAAAUGUGAUGAACUGAUUAGAACAAACUGGGUCGACAUUGAACUGAAGCACAAAGAAACGUCCCAUUACUUCGAAGCUCUUGAUGUAGCAGAAGCCCUGGAACAUCUGUUUGAGAACCGAUACAAGCUGCAACGCAAAUACAUUACAGCUGUUAAGUAUGAUUCCCCAUUUAUCCAGAUCCACCUAAAACAAAAUAAGCGGUGUGCUGUAGAUAUAGUCGAUGUAGCCUAUUACUUGGAAAAAGAUGUAAAAGGUGACUCUGUAUUUAAUUCUGACAGUACAUUACGUGUCUCUAUUAAUGGAAAAGAUCUAGCUAUUGAAAACAUACGCAUUUACUAUAUGGAUGAGAAGCCACCAGUGUUCAGCAUGAAGCAACUGCUUGUUGAUUUCAGCGCUGUGGUGGCAGCAGUGAUUCUGCCUGCUGGUUUUGCCAUUAUUUUGGUGAUUGUUCUGUGCCAGCGGAGAAAAUACAGGAAAAUUAAGAUUGAAAAGAUGAGUGAAACAGAAGGGCAAAUUUUACAGUCGCUUUCAUCUGAAAGAAAGGAAUCAAACUGCAACUUCAGCAACCAAAAGGCAGAGGUGGUGGCGGAGGGGGACAAAAUAAAGAAGCAUAAGCAGACUCUAUGCAUGUGGAUGGAUUCGGAGUUGUCUCCUAUUGCCCAGGAACUGACAAAACACUCGGUUUGAAUUAUUCUGCUUUAGAAAAAAUGACUUUUCUUUGGGUAUAAAUUAAUUUAGGAGUUGGUUACUGAAAUCUGGCACUGAAAGUAUCAGUUCAGAAGCUACAAAUAGGUAUUUUGUACAAAUAUAGAAUGUGAACUCGUACUGCAGACCUCGUUUGUUUGCUUAAUAUUUAAGCCAAGGCUCCUUCCAUGUUUGCUUAGAGCAAAAUAAUAAUAGCAGUAAAAAUGUUUACAAAGUCUUCAAAGUUGCUGGAACUUCUUUUUC